AUGCCCAAAGCCCUGUCGACAAAGGCAAGGAAAACGAAGACAACCACGACGUCAGCAAGCAAACAAGAUACGAAAUUAAAGAAGAAAGCUACCAAUACAAAGAAGUGUUACUGGGAAAUAGUGGCCGAUGCAAAGGAGCAACAAGAACGAUAUGGUAAAGCAGAAAAGACCACCGAGCAAUAUAAGGCCGCAAUGAGGAGAAAUGUUGAAUGGUUGAAGGAGUUUGUACAAGAAGCUGGUGAAGCUGAGAAGCUCUGGGAAGAGACUCAACAGCUAUUAGAAGAGUCAACAGAGGAUUGCAAGGAUAAGGAACACACCUUAGGCUCAGAAAUGCCUCUAGACUUCGAUACCGCCCUCGAUGGAGCUCCUACAGAAGCUACUCCACAGGCAAUCACCUUGUACAUGUACCAGAAGUGCUUCGUGGAGAACCUAAGCCCAGCAACGGCCUGGCACAUUGUUUCUGGAUGGAAAAUGGUAUUUAACAAUAUGGCUGGUGAUAAAUAUCGCGGUCGAUGGCAUGAAGAUCGCGAGCAAAAUGAAUGGGUUGGUAACCCGUAG